AUGGCCUGCAACAUUCUCAACUUCCUAACCGGGCUGUUGAGCCUAUCCUCAACCCUCCCAUCAACCUAUUUCCCAUCCUGCAUCAAACCAAGCAACAGCCAUGUCUCGCAAAACCCAGUGCGCUUCGAAGUGCACCUCACACCCGGCCGCGCCAACCCCACGGGCGCUGGCUUCCGAGAUGUUAUACUAGUUAAUGGGACGUUCACUGGCCCAACCCUACGCUUGUCGCGUGGUGACAAUGUUGAGUUCCUCGUGCGAAACCACCUGCGCGAAGACACUGCCGUGCACUUCCACGGCAUAACACAAUCCCUCUCGCCCUGGGCCGACGGCACGCCAGGAAUAGCGCAGCGCCCGAUAAGGCCCGGCGCGGCGUAUUUGUACCGUUGGCGGGCUGAUGAGUCUGGGGUGUUCUUUUACCAUGCGCAUUCGAGGGGGCAGUUGAUGGAUGGCAUGUAUGGUGCGAUUGUGAUUGAGCGGGGAGAGGAUGAGCCAAGCCCGUUUCAUAUGAUCAGUCAUGAGGCGAGCGAUUGGGAGUUGAUGAGGGAGGCGGAGAGGGAGGUGCAGACGCUUAUGAUUAGUGAUUGGAGUCAGUUUAGUUUUGGGGAGGUUAUGGGGGUGGAGAGGGAGGCGAAUAUUGAUUUCACUUGCAUGGAUGCGAUUGUUGUUAAUGGGGCUGGGUCGGAAUAUUGUCUGGAGCGCGAGCUGUUGAAUGAGUACACCAAUCCACUGGUCAAGUUCAUCCUCAGUCAUACCGAUGAGAAGGAGAUCACCGACAAAGGAUGCGUACCUCCUCUCAGAUUAUUCCAAGGGAAUUACUCGCUGCAUCUUGAUACGCUCCCGCCAGAAGCAUUUCGCAAAUGUAUCCCGGGUGUCGGUGGCGGCGCGAACCACACAGUGACAGUACACUCUAGCAAUAGAUGGGCAGCACUUACUUUCAUCAAUCCCGGUGGUUUAUAUCCUUUGAAAGUCACUAUUGACAACCAUCCGAUGCAUGUGUUCGCAGUUGACGGCCACUACAUCUACCCGCAAAUCGUCGAUCAAAUCCUUGUCAACAAUGGCGAAAGAUACUCAGUAUUCGUCAAGCUCGACCAAGAAGUCGGACGGUACACGAUUCGAAUCGCGAAUGAUCUCCUUGGCCAAGUUCUAGGUGGCUUCGCUGCACUGUCGUAUAACGGCGUGAUGGAUGACCCUCCACACCCAAAGCCGUUGAUGAAUUACGCCGGCGGUUCUUUGGUCAAAAACAUUCGCGUCUUCGAUGAGUUCAACACUCGGCCUUACCCACCCAAGCCGCCAGCCUCUGUCGCCGAUCGCACGCACAAGUUCAUGGUGCGCAAACUCGCUCAACCACAUGGCGCGUACGAGUGGACAAUGUCCGGUAUUGAGGGGCUCAACAUGACCACCGAGGACGUCGCGUCUCCCUUCCUCUUCCAGGACCCAUCGCAGAUCGAAACUAGCGAGUUAAUGCUCACAACGAAGAAGAAUGAAUGGGUUGACCUGAUCAUCGAAGUCGAAGGACCCUUUGCGCAAUCUCACCCUAUGCACAAGCACGGUAACAAAGCGUUCAUCGUCGGGAGAGGCGUUGGCUUCUUCCCUUGGGCUACCGUUGAGGAAGCAGAGAAGCAUUUGCCACGGGGAACGUUCAAUUUCAUCGACCCACCUUACAAAGACACUUUCAAGACGCUCGAGGGAGUGAACAACAAUGCAUGGUUGGCGUUGAGAUAUCACGCCAAUUCUCCGGGCGCGUGGUUGUUCCAUUGCCAUAUCCAGACGCAUCUCGCUGGUGGGAUGGGCGUUGUGAUCUUAGAUGGUGUUGAUGAGUGGCCAGAGUUGCCGGAGGCGUAUGCAGAAUGGAAUGGUUUCGAAGCGCCGGUGUAG